AUGCCUUUGAAAACCUAUCCUCGACCACCCUAUCCACGUCGUGCACGAAAACAUCCGUUUCCCCACUUUCCCGAUUCCUUGCCAUUAGCCCGGCCGUAUAGCGCUCAUUCUCCCGGGCGCCUCGUCAAAGCGAGCGGGCACUUGGAAACUCGCGGGUCCUUCACCUCUCUGCAAUCGUCCCUUGUGCUCGUCUCGAGGAGCUCUUCGGCUUGCGUUCGCUUUGUGUUGUACACGACGUGGUGCGACUCGAGGGAUGGGACCUUCUUUUUGAUUUGCUCGAUCCACGACUUGUCCUCUUCUAGGAACACGGUUCGGCCAUUGUGGUUGAGGGAGGCCCACAUGAGGCUGUCGUGGCCCAGCCCGAAGACUAGAAAGUUGCACGGCGAUUUUUGCUCGAGGAUUUUGAGAGAGACCGAGAUUUCGUUGAGGGUUUGUUGUGGGGUGAUGUUUUGGGUCGCGGAAUUUGAUUGUGAGAUUAUUGAGGGCUUUUGUUGGGGUGAGUUUGGGGAGGUUGAUCUUAGGAUCAAGAAAAGGAGGAAGAGGAAAAAGGAACAUAUUAAGAUGGUUUUGGGGUUGAUGGGGAAUUGUGAUUUGGAUUUCAUAACUUUGAAACCUCAGUGGGAUCUCCAGUAA